UUCAGGUACACAGCUUCUAUAACAAUUGGAAAAUAUUACUCGGAAGCCAGUACAUGCAUCAAGAUGAAUCCAACCUUCUUAGUGUUUGCACUAUCUGUGAGAUUUAUCGCCUCCCAAGAUAGUUUUUGCAUUCCGGUCGUCAAAAUGCAAGCCGGCAACAACAGUGUAUCAUCUGGUGGAAAGGAAUAUGUCACAAAAGAACAUUUCGAUGAUUUAGUGAGUCAACUGUUUGUUAAUAUAUCCGGUCGUAUCAGUGAAUACAAGUACGAGAGUGAACAAGCUGGAAAGACCUACGCCACGAAAGAAGAUAUUAAGGAGAUGAUGAGGCAGCUGUACUUUAACAUAUCAACUGAAAUGAAUCAAAAGAGAUGUAAAGACUCCACUGAAAGUCAUAAGGCUUAUACGAAACCUCGUGACUGUCAGGAUAUCCAAACUGAAGGUAAUUUGACAACCGGUACUUAUACAAUAUACCCAGGUAAAAACACUGGUGGAAUCUUGGUAAGGUGUGACAUGAACACAACAACCGGGGGAUGGACAGUUAUACAACGACGCACUUCGAACACAGACUUUUAUAAAACAUGGAAUGAAUACGAAGGUGGAUUUGGUAACAUUAAGGACAAUUUCUGGCUCGGUAACCGUCAUAUUCAUGAAAUAACUAAUCAGGGUCAGUACAAACUGCGUGUUGAUCUCACAAGUAUGAAAGGCGAGACGGCCUACGCAGAGUAUCGUGCAUUUUCUGUUGGUGAUGCUGAUUCAGGCUACAAGCUGUUUGUUGCCGGGUACAGUGGUACCGCUGGAGACAGUCUGACAGGAAGAGGAAAUGGAAUGAAGUUUUCUACACACGACAGGGACAAUGACGUCGAUACCGGAAACUGCGCAGUGACGUAUCACGGCGGGUGGUGGUACGAUAAAUGUCAUACUUCCAAUCUCAACGGGGAGUAUGGAUAUACAGGAUAUGCGAAAGGUCCAGUCUGGCAGCCAUGGAAAGGAUACUAUGCUCCAAUGAAAACUACGGAGAUGAAAGUAAGAAGAAUUUAAGAGAAACCAUGAAAAGCGAUCAUAUUUUUGACUAAACCUAAAUACAAUUUUACAGAUCUUUAUACCUUUUUCACCUGAAUCUGGAACAACUGAUACGUAUUAGACCUUCCUGCCUGAAUGCAAUUUUAGAUCUAUUUCGUUUUUCUUUUUUUUUUUUUUUUUUUUUUUUUUUGUUUUGACUUAAGUUCUGCAAUAGACAAUAUAACUUCAUGAACACUAUUUUCUGCAACUUUACCUUAACAACAUAUCUCCCAAAAGCCAAUAUUCUAAUAAUUUCAUGAUAUAUUGUUUCUUACUGUUUUAGCAGUUAGAUAAGUAUAUAGGACACUUAGUGAUUCUGUAUAUAUGUUCCAAACAAUGUAGAAAGAAAAGCUUUUGCAUACAAAUUUUAACCUGCUGUAUGAUGCUACAUCAGUGGAAUAAUUAUACCAUUCUAUAAAUUGUUGAGCUAGGAAUAGAUGUUUUUCCUAGACAAAUUUGGUUAAUUUCAAUUUACCGACGAAAUAUUUUAUUAUUUUUUUCUUAUGAUUUAAAUUCAUUUUUAAUUUAACUUAUCCACACAAAAAAGAGUGGCAGACUGUCACAAAAUACGCCCGUCAUCGACUUUGGUCUAAUUCAAGAGCCAUAAUCCAAGACUGCAUGGGACGAGUUGGCUGAUUAUCGAACUUUGCUGAGAUAUUUUGCCCACAAACAUUUUCAGCAAGUUUGGUGUAGAUCGGAUGAAAACUGAUCGACUUAGAGUGCGGACAAGGCUAUAUUCCCAAUUUUUCAAGUAAUUCAAGAGCCAUAAUCCAAGAGUGCCUGGGGUAAUUUUGCUGGUUAUCAAACUUGGCCGAGAUAUUAUGCUCACAAACAUUGUCACUAAGUUUAGUGAAGAUCUGAUAUAAACUGUUUAACUUUGAGGGCGGACAAGGCUAAAUUUGCAGAUUUUCAGUAAUUCAAGGGCCAUUUGUAACUCAAGAGUGCCUGGGGUGAUUUUGCUUGUUAUCGAACUUGGCCGAGAUAUUAUGCCCAUAAACACUGUCACAAAGUUUGGUGCAGAUCAGAAGAAAAAUGUUUGACUUAGAGGGUGGACAAGGCUAAAAUUGCAGAUUUUGAGUAAUUCAAGGGCCAUAACUCAAGAGUGCCUCAGGCGAUUUUGCUGGUUAUCAAACUUGGCCGAGAUAUUAUGCCCACAAACAUUGUCACCAAGUUUGGUGAAGAUCGGAUGAAAACUGUUUGACUUAGAGAGCGGACAUGCUUUUGGACGCCCCGCUCUUUCAGAGACGGGCGUAUAAAAAGUGCUUACAAACUAGUUAAGGUGGAAUGCGCCCCAUUUUUGUUUUGCCGAAUUUCGUCCUGAAAUUUAUACUGUACAAAAUUCAGGAUAUAUGCGAUUGAGUUCCGAUUUUAUUUUGUCCCCACAUUGUUCGAGUUUUUAGUUGUUGUGUCAAAAACAUGGCCCCUGACGUCACUAUUCGUGCAACGCCCAGUUCCGAGUGCUCUCGGCAUUUUCCUUCUCUGCGCUCAGAAUGUCAUAUUAAUGGAAAAUACAAAAUAAUUGUCUCUUUGCAUUCAGAAAAUGCUACUCAAUGGUACAAAAUACGGCAAAAUAAGAUUGACGCUUAAGACGCCAGAGACGAUAUUAUGACGUCAGAACGGAAAAACUCACAUCAAGUUUUGCUACAAAUUUUGCCUAAAAAUCCAGUUUAUAAAAAAUCGGCUCGAAAAAAAUAUGUAUAACUUUGGUAUGUUGUUUCAGAGUAUGUGUACGUCUAGCAGACACAUAAAUACAUAGGGGUCACAGACUUCUAUUUUCGCAAUAUAAUAUAACUUU